UGCACGGCGCCCAGCUGACGCGGCUCAUUGACGCGCUGGAGACGCGCUGAUAGGGGCGUCUCUCCUGAUGCCUGAGAUGGAUCUGCCACAGUGUUGAAGUUGCAAGUAGACAAUCUGCAGGAGAGGGCGGAACAGAUUGGCAGGAAGUACUGGGUCCAGCGAGAGACUUUCUCGAAGACUUGAACGGGCAAGCGUCACAGAUCUAUGAGAUGUUGCGGUAUUUGGUCUGCUGCGGUUUGAUUGCAUGAGAUCUGGUGUGUGCUGUGAAUAAAGCAGGAAUAAAGCAGGGUUAGAGGAGCUUGAUGGCGAGCCCUCCGAAGCCUGCUUGGGCCCGCGCCCAAGAAGCAAAGGCGCUCAAGGAGGAGGAGGGCAAGCAGUUGGCCUUCAAGCAGGCCUUUGAGGCGACGUUUGCGGACGUGGACCCAAACCUUAGUGGUAAUGAAUCAUCAGACGAGGACGGAGAGCACGACCUUUCUUCUAAGCCUAUUGGCCCAAUUGACCCCAGCAAAUGCACAGCAACCGGAACAGGUGUUGGGGGAGGGGUGCUGUCUGCGGCUGCAACCAUUAUCGUGACUGCCAAAGAUCCGGAUGGCCGGAGGCUUUCUUGGGGGGGUGCUCAAGUUAAGGUCCAGGUCGCCCCUGGGUUUGGGGUCGCAGGGCCAAUGUUAGAGCCUCCAGUUGUUGACCAGAAUGAUGGAACAUAUGUCACGAGCUACACGGUUUACAACAGGGGGAACUACAUGGUCAGUGUGGAGGUCAAUGGGAGGCACAUCUCGGGUAGCCCGAUCCCCGUUUUCUUUGGAGCGCAAGCGGUGGCUUCCCCCCCCCCUCUCCAGGCAGCGACCGCAACCCCCGUUGGUGGAGGUGGAGUCCUUCCAGGCCAAGCAGGGCUCCUAGCCUCGGGGGCCCUGCAGAUCUCUGUGCCGACAGGUUUGAGUCUGCCGGCAGGGUUGGGAAAUCUGCCUGGGAUCCUACCAGGGCCUACUGGGGGUGCAGUGCUUCCUGGGGUAGGGGCGCAGCUAGGUGAGGUGUGCAGGAUGUACCUGGACGGGAAGUGCAAGAACACGCCCUGCAGAUAUGCGCAUCCGACGCUGCAGCAGCUAAUGACGGCGUUCGCAUCUGGUGCGAACAUGGGGUCGCUCACGAGCAUGCCGAUGGCGCCGUCUGCGGCGGCUAUGGCGGCAGCGCAGAGCAUCGCAGCUGCGCAGGCCCUCCAGCGCGUCAUCCAAGUUGCGAUGGCCGCAACCGCCGGCCAGGACGAUGCUGACGAGGACGACGAGAACGACGCCAACCCGUUCCUGGACGAGCCGCGUGCGCUGAAAGUCCGCAAUCUCAGCCCCUCCGUGAACGCCGAGCAAGUCCGCCAGCUUUUUGGUUACUGCGGCAAAGUGGUCGAGUGCUCGAUCGCUGACGGCGAGGCAUAUGUCGAGUUUGAGAAGCCCGAAGAGGCGACGGCGGCGCUGCAGUUGAACGGGAUCGCGGUCGGGGAUCGUGAAGUGCAAGUGGAGCACACGAAGCUGGUGCUCAAGAAGAAGAGCAAGAAGGACCCGGGGGGUAUCGCGUCGUCCCUCCAGCUGAUGCAGCAGGGGGCCACCCUCACGGGACUAGGGAAGUGCCGGGGCCAGGCUCCGCCCCGUGCGCUUGGGAUGGUGCAUUAAGGUGAUUGGUUCAGAGUAGCAAAAGCUGCAUGGUAUCCUGUAUCGCAGUCUUUCGUUUGAGCGAGGUUCGCUUGCCCUUUGAAAAGUUUGCCUCCGCGUACGAGGAGGUCCUGUCAACUGCGUUCGUGCGAUGCAACUCGAGGAGAGGCAGGGGAAGAGUAGUUGUUGGCUUGGUAAAGAC